AUGAAUUGCAGGCAUAUCGUCGUCUGUGGGCAUAUCACCUACGAUUCCGUUAGUCAUUUUCUGCAGGAUUUUCUUCACGAGGACAGGGAUGACGUCGACGUGGAGGUGGUGUUUCUGCACAGGGUCGUGCCAGAUUUGGAGCUAGAAGGGUUAUUCAAACGACACUUCACGAAAGUGGAAUUCUUCACCGGCACCGUUAUGGAUUCAUUAGAUUUGUCCCGGGUUAAGGUAUCAGAUGCCGACGCUUGUUUGGUGUUAGCGAACAAGUAUAGUACGAAUCCAGAUGCUGAAGAUGCAGCUAAUAUCAUGCGGGUGAUCUCCAUCAAAAACUACUCAAGUGAUAUACGAGUAAUUGUUCAGUUGAUGCAGUAUCACAACAAGGUGAGUAGUUGGCUCGGAGGUUAUCGAGGUUCCAGUUGA